CAUCGAUACUAUCGAUUCUAGAUGGUUACAUGAGUUUGAUUGAGAUUGUUGAUUUGAUCAAUUUUUAGACAUUUUGGACUUGAAUAAAUCGAUAAAAUUCAAAAUGAGUUAUCAACACCAAGGAUCUCAAUAUCACCAACAUUCUCAUCAAUCAAAUCAGAUUGACAUGGAUGCCGAGAUGAGCAGAUUUGAAAAAGAAGUGCUUUCCGUUUCAUCAAAUGCUGGCCCAUCAUUGUCAUCAACAUCGUCUAAUUUUCCCGUCCAUUUUAUACCGCAUCAAAUUCAACGACAGCUACCUUCACAACGAACACAACAAGCAACUUUUGUGCCAGCCGGUCAAUAUGCUGGUUCUUCAUCGAAUUCAACGACCAUUCAAUCAUCAUCGAAUCAAGGCCAAUCCACCGUGAAUUAUACUGUCACACCUAUGCAGGUUCCAUCAAAUGUUCAGCAAAUUUCAACAACACCUACUGGUCAACUUAUAUUGACAAAGACAAAAUCGAAAAGUGACAAAAAAGGUAAUAAAAAGAAAAAGAAUCUACGAAUUGCUGGUGGACAAGUCUGGGAAGAUCCAUCGCUAGAAGAAUGGGAUCCGAAUGAUUUCCGUUUGUUCUGUGGUGAUUUGGGUAAUGAUGUAUCCGAUGAUGUCCUCACAAGAACUUUUAAUAGAUAUCCAUCGUUUAUCAAAGCUAAAGUUGUCCGUGAUAAACGUACUAAUAAAAGUCGUGGUUAUGGAUUUGUUAGUUUUAAAAAUCCAGUUGAUUUUGCUCGUGCCAUGAAGGAAAUGAAUGGCCGAUAUGUUGGAUCACGUCCUAUUAAAUUACGUAAAUCGAAUUGGCAGGAUCGUAAUGUAGAAGUGGUGAAGAGAAAAAUGAAACAAAAACAAAAACUUGGCUUCAUCUAAAGAUUUUCAUUCAAUAACGUUAAUAAAAUUUUCAC